AUUUAAGGCCCAGCCCUGAACACACGGAGAAGUGAAGUCGGCCUGCCACUGCUCAACCAUGGGGGACACUUUCAUCCGCCACAUCGCCCUUCUGGGCUUUGAGAAGCGCUUCGUCCCCAGCCAGCACUAUGUAUACAUGUUUCUGGUGAAGUGGCAGGACCUGUCAGAGAAGGUGGUCUACCGGAGGUUCACGGAGAUCUACGAGUUCCAUAAAAUGCUAAAGGAGAUGUUUCCCAUCGAGGCAGGUGACAUUAAUGAAGAGAAUAGAAUCAUCCCACAUCUCCCAGCACCCAGGUGGUUCGAUGGGCAGCGGGUAGCCGAGAGUCGCCAGGGCACACUCACUGAGUACUUCAAUGCCCUCAUGGGGCUGCCUAUGAAGAUCUCCCGCUGCCCACACCUGCUGGAUUUCUUCAAAGUGCGGCCUGAGGACCUGAAGCUGCCCAGUGAUGGCCAAGUGAAAAAGCCAGAGACAUACCUGAUGCCCAAAGACAAGAAUAAUGCAGCUGACAUCAGCGGCCCCAUCAUCCUUCAAACUUACCGGGCCAUCGCAGAUUAUGAGAAGAGCUCGGGCACAGAGAUGACAGUGUCUACAGGAGACGUGGUGGACGUGGUGGAAAAGAGCGAGAGCGGCUGGUGGUUUUGCCAAAUGAAGAUGAAGCGAGGCUGGGUCCCUGCAUCCUAUUUGGAACCCCUGGACAGUCCUGAUGAGGCAGAGGACCCAGAGCCCAACUAUGCGGGUGAGUCAUAUGUGACCAUUAAAGCCUACACUGCAGUGGAGGAGGAUGAGGUGUCCCUGUCCCAGGGUGAAGCCAUUGAGGUUAUUCAUAAGCUCCUGGACGGCUGGUGGGUGGUCAGGAAAGGGGACGCCACCGGCUACUUCCCAUCCAUGUACCUACAGAAGGCUGGGGAGGAGAUAAGCCAGGCCCAACGACAGAUCAGGAGCCGAGGGGCGCCACCGCGCAGGUCGACCAUCCGCAACGCGCAGAGCAUCCACCAGCGGUCCCGGAAGCGCCUUAGCCAAGACACCUAUCGCCGCAAUAGCGUGCGAUUCCUGCAGCAGCGCCGCAGGCCUGCGCGACCAGGGCCGCAGAGUUCAGAGAGCACGCAACAGAAUCAGUCUUCUCCGCGCUCCAAGCCGCAGCCGGCGGUGCCCCCAAGACCCAGUGCGGACCUCAUCCUGCACCGCUGCAGCGAGAGCACCAAGAGGAAGCUGGCAUCUACCGUGUGAGGCCCGGGAGCCGCCCCCAUCCCUGUAUAUAGCGCCAGGGGUCAGAGGCUGGAGCGCCCCCCCCCCCCC